GGGCGGGCGGGCCGCGGUUCCGGCAGCUCCCUGCCGCCACGGGCGCACUCGGCCGGUGCUGCGCUGCGGGGAGGGCGGCUCUCCGAAGCCGCGCGUCCUGUCGUCGCGCUCCUGAUCCACCAUGGCUUUCGCCAAUUUUCGCCGCAUCUUGCGGUUAUCCACCUUCGAGAAGAGAAAGUCCCGUGAAUACGAGCAUGUCCGCAGGGACCUGGACCCCAACGACGUAUGGGAGAUCCUGGGCGAGCUGGGAGACGGCGCCUUCGGCAAAGUCUACAAGGCCAAAAACAAGGAGACGGGCGCCCUGGCAGCAGCCAAAGUCAUUGAGACUAAGAGCGAGGAGGAGCUGGAGGACUACAUCGUGGAGAUCGAGAUCCUCGCCACCUGCGACCACCCAUAUAUCGUGAAGCUCCUGGGGGCCUAUUACUAUGACGGGAAACUAUGGAUCAUGAUUGAGUUCUGCCCUGGGGGAGCUGUGGAUGCCAUCAUGCUAGAGCUGGAUCGAGGCCUCACUGAGCCCCAGAUUCAGGUCGUUUGCCGCCAGAUGUUGGAGGCUCUCAACUUCCUGCACGGCAAGAGAAUCAUCCACCGCGACCUGAAAGCUGGCAACGUGCUUAUGACCCUGGAGGGGGACAUCAGGCUGGCUGAUUUUGGAGUAUCUGCCAAGAAUCUGAAAACUCUGCAAAAGCGAGAUUCCUUCAUAGGAACGCCUUACUGGAUGGCCCCUGAGGUGGUGCUGUGUGAAACCAUGAAGGACGCCCCCUAUGACUACAAGGCUGACAUCUGGUCCCUGGGCAUCACGCUGAUCGAGAUGGCGCAGAUUGAGCCCCCACACCAUGAGCUCAACCCCAUGCGGGUCCUGCUCAAGAUCGCCAAGUCGGACCCUCCCACCCUGCUCACACCCUCCAAGUGGUCCACGGAGUUCCGAGACUUUCUGAAGAUAGCCUUGGAUAAGAACCCAGAAACCCGGCCCAGUGCUGCGCAGCUGCUGCAGCAUCCCUUCGUCAGUACAGUCACCAGUAAUAAGGCCCUUCGGGAGCUGGUGGCUGAGGCGAAGGCUGAGGUGAUGGAGGAGAUCGAGGACGGCAAGGAGGACGGCAGGGAGGACGGCAGGGAGGAUGGAGAAGAGGAGGAUGGAGACGAGAAGGAUGCUGUGAGUGCUGUUCCGCCCCCAGUCAACCACACUCAGGACUCCUCUGCCAAUGGAACUCAGCCAAGCCUCAACUCUGACAAGCUUCUCCAGGAUUCUUCUACCCCCCUGCCUCCCAGCCAGCCUCAGGAGCCUGUGAACGGGCCCUGUAACCAACCCUCAGGGGAUGGAUCCCCCCAGAACACCAGCCCUGCAGAUGAGGUCUCCAAGAAUGACAAUGGCUUAAAGGUACCUGUUCCCCUCCGGAAGUCCCGGCCAUUGUCCGUGGAUGCCAGAAUUCAGGUGACCGAAGAGAAACAAAUCACUGACCAGGCUGAGAACCCCAGUUCUGCAGCCAGCAAACCCCCGAAGGUCAACCAGAGCCGACCUAACAGCAGCGCCCUGGAGACUUUGGGUGUCGAGACUCUGGCCAAUGGAGGCCUGGAGCUCCCUGGCUCUGUAACUCCAAACCAUUCUAAGAGGGCGUCGGACUGUAGCAACCUGUCUACCUCAGAGAGCAUGGACUACGGCACCUCCUUGUCUGCUGACCUGUCAUUGAACAAAGAGACGGGCUCAUUGUCUCUCAAGGGCUCAAAACUGCACAACAAGACCCUGAAGAGGACCCGCCGGUUUGUGGUGGACGGUGUGGAGGUGAGCAUCACCACCUCCAAGAUCAUCAGCGAAGACGAGAAGAAAGACGAGGAGAUGAGGUUUCUCAGGCGCCAGGAACUCCGAGAGCUUCGGCUCCUGCAGAAAGAAGAGCAUCGGAACCAGACGCAGCUGAGCACCAAGCACGAGCUGCAGCUGGAGCAGAUGCACAGACGAUUUGAACAAGAAAUCAACGCCAAGAAGAAAUUCUAUGACGUGGAGCUAGAGAACCUGGAGCGGCAGCAGAAGCAGCAGGUGGAGAAGAUGGAGCAGGACCACAGCGUGCGUCGCAGAGAGGAGGCCAAGCGGAUCCGCCUGGAGCAGGAUCGAGACUACGCCAGGUUCCAAGAGCAGCUCAAGCAGAUGAAGAAGGAGGUGAAGAAUGAGGUUGAGAAACUGCCCCGGCAGCAGCGGAAGGAGAGCAUGAAGCAGAAGAUGGAGGAACACGCACAGAAGAAACAACUGCUGGACCGAGACUUUGUAGCCAAGCAGAAGGAAGACCUGGAGCUGGCCAUGAAGAAGCUCACGGCAGAAAACAGGCGUGAGAUCUGUGACAAGGAACGUGAUUGCCUUAACAAGAAGCAGGAGCUCCUCCGAGACCGAGAGGCAGCCCUGUGGGAGAUGGAGGAGCACCAGUUACAGGAGAGACAUCAGCUGGUGAAGCAGCAGCUUAAGGACCAGUACUUCCUGCAGCGGCAUGACCUGCUGCGCAAGCACGAGAAGGAGCGGGAGCAGAUGCAGCGCUACAACCAGCGUAUGAUGGAGCAGCUGAAGGUCAGACAGCAGCAGGAGAAGGCGCGGCUACCCAAGAUCCAGAGGAGUGACGGCAAGACCCGCAUGGCCAUGUACAAGAAGAGCCUGCACAUCAAUGGUGCGGGCAGUGCCUCCGAGCAGCGGGAGAAGGUCAAGCAGUUCUCCCAGCAGGAAGAGAAGAGGCAGAAGGCGGAGAGGCUGCAGCAGCAGCAGAAACACGAGAACCAGAUGCGAGACAUGGUGGCACAGUGCGAGAGCAACAUGAACGAGCUGCAGCAGCUGCAGAAUGAAAAGUGUCAUCUGUUAGUGGAGCAUGAAACCCAGAAGCUGAAGGCCCUGGACGAGAGCCAUAACCAGAGCCUGAAGGAAUGGCGAGACAAGCUUCGGCCACGCAAAAAGGCCCUGGAAGAGGAUUUGAACCAGAAGAAGCGGGAACAGGAAAUGUUCUUCAGACUAAGUGAGGAGGCAGAGACCAGACCCACCACACCCAACAGAGCCAGCAAGUUCUUCCCCUACAGCUCUGGGGAUGCUUCCUAACACACACAUGCCUGGGCUGCGGUGCGGCAGUACAGCCACCAGGGCCACCAACCCUCUACAAACAAGUGACUCAGGACCUCUUCCUCUUGCUUCUGUGCCAGCUCCAACUACCCAGCACCCCAGUUGCCCACAGCACCACCCCAGUGCUUCUGAUGGAUGACCUCAUCCCAACUCAGAUUCCCAUCACCUGGAAGUGACCUGGGCUGUUGGGGUCCGGGACCGAGCGGGAUGGGCGUACCCCUCCUGUUUGCCAAAACACCAGCUCUACUGUCUGUGGGCACAAGCGCUACUGAUGACAUCACCACGAACCCAUCCUUAUUGUGAUCCUUGUGGUUUUUUCUUCUCCUUCAGUAAUUCCUCACAGUGUUGGAAAACAUCCCUCAGAGCCAUUUUGCUUCUCAGCAGCCAGCUCUCAGGGGUGUCCCCAUUACCCUGCUUCGCACAGCUGACUUUGUGCUCGAUGAGACGCUGUGUAUGUGGGGGUAGGGAGUGGGGAAAGGGAGGCCAGAAAUGUUCAUUCUGCUGGUUUCUGACAUUUUAUGCCAUCUCAUUUUGCCUCUCCCUGUCUCUCACACACACACACACACACACACACACACACACACACACACACACACAAUGCAAACACACAACUUGGCCCUCCUGAACCUGAUCGUAGGACACGGAGUACAGAGCAUGUCAGGUGGAGCAGCUGCUGGGGCAUGCUGAGUGCUGGCCCCAAAGCCCAGAGAAGGCACAGGCUGUACUGCAGCCUGCCUGCCACUCGUUUGGCUGCACACAGGAUCCUGUGUUCAGGGGUAAACUCCCCUCCACACUUGUCUUCUGCUGCCUAGCGCAUGCCAAUCUCGCCCUUGCCCAGUUGUCGGCAAGUACUGGGGAAGGCUCCUGACCUUUGACCUUUGCCCCAGUCCUGCACUGGAGUCCCACUGUACAUUUCCACUAAGCCGGACAGUCCUUUGGACUUCUCUGUUUAGGAAGAGAUGCUUCCCACCCCUGGGAACAUGCCGAGCUCAGGAAAAUGCCAAGCCUCGUGCCUGGGCCUUUGGGUUGCUCAGGUAGCCUCCCAAGAUGCUGCGCCCCAUAGGCUACCCUGCCCAGAAAAGCAGCUGGUCGGCCCAGCCGGCGUUCGCUGAUAGCGCCUUAGGGCUCAGUUAAAGCACAGGUAAAUGGCUGGCUGCUUUGUAUACCCUCCUUUUAGACAGCAUCACCCCAGGGAUUAGGAUGGGAUGGGUGGGGGCGGGGCACCCAGGCAGUGGAGUCUGGGAGUGGCUGAGACCUCAGCAGUAUUUCCCCAUCACUGCCCCAUGCUGAGACAACCUUCUAGGACGUUUCCUCAGAUGCUGACUGGGUGCUUGGGAGGGGAGUGGGCUAGUAAAACAAAAUAGGAAAACAGGUCUUGGGACUCCCAGAUCUUGUGUGCAGUAAGGAAGUUCACAGAGCCCCAGGAAGGCGAUAGUUCUCAGGGUAGCGAGCGUCAGCUUGCUUUCAGGCCGCACACUGAGGAGUCUUGAGGAACAGUUGACUUCUUUCUUACUGGUGCAUGGGGGCUGGGAAACACAAGUUGUCAGAGUGCAGCUGUGGGACUCAGAGAUGGGAAGUGGGCAAGGCCACGCCCUGCAGGGCUCUACCAUUGUUUACAAUGUACUUGGCUGCAUUCGGGGGUGGGGGGAACUUGACAGUGGCUAUUAGGCAAAAUGCCGGUUUUGUGGUUCAGGUAACAGUCUUUGACCACUCCCUGACGUCAUUCGUACUGUCCUCCUUCUUGUUGCUUCCACACUUAGUCCCACCUGAGCUCUGGUACCUCUGCUGUGCCUUUUUUGAGUGGGGUCUAGCCUUGUCUUCCAGCCUCAUAAUUUAACCUAAGUGCAAUGCCUGCCACCGACAAAGGCCCGUGAAGUAUUCCUCAUGUCCUGUGCUAACGUUUUCUGUAUAGGAACAGGCAGAAAUGUCUUUAGCACCGCGGAUAUAACUAACUUAUAUUUCCCUUCACGAAGGAUAGAAGUAACGGGUGUGUCAUUUCCAACGGUCAUGUAUAAUUUUUGUAAACUGUUCUCUGCAAACAAAAAAAAUGUAAAUAUGCUUCUAAUAAAAUAAUAAGGUAA